GCGCACCGAAAUCUGUACCAAAAUCACCGCCAUGAACAAAAAACAGACCCCAAAUCACCCAGAAGAAGACAUUAGCGAAUACCCAAACGAACUCGAACUCGAAAACGAAACCGAAACCCCUUUCAAAGAUGGGACCGAUAUUUGCCAGCAACUCAUGGACCGUUAUUCCAAAUCAGCCGCCCCACAGCACGCCCUCCUCGCCACCGCCGCCGCCAUGCGUUCUAUCCUCUCCGCCGUCCUCCCUCUUUCCCCUCCCGCCUACUUUGCUGCCGCCAUUUCUGCCCUCGAUGAUGACUCAGCGACCACCCUGGAUUCGACGGCAAUCGGUGCGCUUUUGACAUUCUUGUCGAUUGUGGUUCUUCUAGUGCCAAAAGGAGGGAUUUCCAGUGACAAGGCGAAGGAGGCGGUGGAAGUUGUAGUGAGGGUGGUAGGGAGGGAGGGGCUUGGAGUGGCGAGUUUGAGAAGCGGGGUUAAGUGUUUGGGGGUUUUGGUUGUUGGGUUUUGUGAUUUGGAGGAUUGGCAUUCGGUUCGUUUUGGUUUGGAGACAUUGCUUGGAUUCGCCAUUGAUAAACGUCCCAAGGUCCGUAGAUGUGCCCAAAAAUAUCUUGAGAAGGUUUUUAAGUCUUUCCAGUCCUCAAUUGUUAUCAAGGAGGCAAGUAAAUUAGUGCUUUUCUUGCUUAAAAAGCAUAUGCCUCUUGCACUUACCUUAAGUACCAUUAAGAGUGGAGAUGAUUCCAAGGAUGAAACAUUGUCAAAACCUGAAAAUUUGGAGGUCCUUCAUAUGUUAAAUCUGGUGAAGCUUACUGUUCCAUAUCUCUCUGCCAAAGUCCGUUUAAAAAUUUUAUCAGAAUUAUGUAAGCUUAUCAGUUCUGAGUUCUCUUCCCUUACAAGGAACAUUCAUAAAACUAUUGAAGUUCUUUUUGGAAAUUCAAAUGUUGAAGCAAUUGUACCAGAGAUGGAGAACAUUAUAGUUUCUCUUGCUUCUUAUGUCUCUGGAGAGAAGAAUCCUGUUGACACUCUCAUAUCUGCAGCAACUUUGUUAAAAUGUGCUUUAGACAAACUUCAUGCUGGAGAAUCAAACUUGUGGAUGAAGAAUGUUCCUUUAGUUUUUGGUUCUUUAGCAGUUCUUUUGACUUCUGAGGCUAGCAUGGCAUCACAGGCGUCAGUUAUUAUGAGGGAGUUGAUUAGCAACCAUAUAGAUCUGAAGUCUUUCUCUGCUGAAAACAAUGGUCUUGGAAGUGAGGAAGCGGAUGCAAUAAAAUCUAUAUGUGCUAUCCUUGAGAACACCCUUAGUUCAAGUGAUGGAAUUCCCAAUGAGCAUGUUCUGGCUGUCUUGACAGUUUUGUUUCAGAAACUUGGGGAAUCCUCAUAUGUAUUUAUGAAGAGCAUUGUACAUAAACUUGCCGAGUUGAUGACUCUUGCUAAGGGGGACACGUCUAACAUGAACCAUCUUCAGAAUUGUAUAGGAUCAGCAGUUACUGUUAUAGGGCCAGAAAGGAUACUGACUCUUUUGCCUAUAACCCUUCAUUCAGAUGACAUCAGUUAUUCAAACGUCUGGUUGCUACCCAUAUUGAAAGACUAUGUUGUUGGAGCAUCUCUCAGGUAUUAUAUGGAGAGUAUAGUGCCACUUGCAAAAUCAUUUCAGCUGGCAAGUUCUAAAGUAAAAAAGUCUGUAAUUCGUCAAGAUCUGCAGGAUCAUGCUCAUGGUCUCUGGGGAUUACUACCUGCCUUUUGUCGCUAUCCUAUUGAUAUGCACAAGAAGUUCAAAGCUUUGGCUGAACUUUUGAUUGAUAUUCUUAAGGAGGACUCUUUUAUGCAUGAAAAUAUUGCUUCUGCCUUACAGAUUCUUGUCAAUCAAAGCAAAAGUAUACUUAGAUCCGGAAAGGACGCUGGUGAGGCAAAUAAUUUCACAGUGAGAGAUUCUGUAUUAGAGCUCAGAAGUUCAGCCUCAUAUUCAAAGAAAAGUGCAACCAGAAACAUCAAGGCUUUGUCGUCAUGUGCUCCUGCGUUGUUUCAGGCACUGAGUGAUGUAUUUGUUUGUUCACUUCCAGCAAAGCGCUUAUAUCUAAAGGAUGCCAUUGGAUGCUUGGCUUCUAUCUCAGAUUCUUCUAUUACCAAAAGGAUUUUUGUUUCAUUCGUUCAGAAGCUGCAGUUCAUUGAUGGUGAAGGUGAAAUUGGAAAUCAGGCUGGCAAUGCCAAUGAGUGCAUGGAAAAAGAACAAGGCAAUCUUAGUACUACUGGGAAAGAUGCGCACAGGUGUGUUAUACUGGAGCUGGCAUCUUCUCUUGUUGCAGGAGCUGAGGAGGAUCUUAUUGAUUUUAUCUAUGCUUUAGUAAAGCAAACUUUUCAGGAAACUGAUGAGAUUGGUCAUUGUGAAGCGUAUUUCACUUUAAGCAGCGUUUUAGAGGAACAUGCUUGGUUUUGUUCUUCCAGAGUGGUGGAGUUGAUUGAUCUAUUACUUGGACUAAAAUCUCCUGCUGAUAUUGCAUCUCUUAGAAGCCGGCUUGAUUGUUUUAACAUCCUAAUGGUUCAGACCUUGAAGAUGAGCUCAUUGGAAGAAAAUACAAAGCCAUUUCUCAUUCUUAAUGAGAUUAUAGUCACAUUAAAAGAUGGGAAGGAAGAACCUAGGAAAGCAGCUUAUGAUAUACUCCUAAAGAUGAGUUCUACCUUAAGAAACUUGUUAGAUCUCAGAUCUGAUUCACCCUAUCACAAACUGAUUAGCAUGAUAAUGGGAUAUCUUUCUGGUUCAUCUCCUCAUAUUAGGAGUGGAGCAGUGGCUGCACUAUCUGUUCUUGUAUAUAAUGAUCCAGAGAUCUGUGUUUCAGUGCCUGAUCUUGUUUCCUCUAUUUUAUCGUUGCUGCAAACUAAAGCUGUGGAAGUUAUAAAAGCUGUUUUGGGGUUUGUCAAAGUGUUGGUGUCCUCCUUGCAAGCUAAAGACCUGCAGAAUUUUCUUUCUGACGUCAUUCAUGGAGUUGUCCAGUGGUCAUCUAUCUCGAGAAAUCAUUUCAGAUCAAAGGUCACUAUAAUAUUGGAGAUUGUGACAAGGAAGUGUGGUAUUGCUGCCGUUCAAUUGGUUACUCCAGAAAAGCAUAGGGGUUUUCUGAAUACUGUUAUAGAGAACCGGCGUAGCAAAACAACUCCCAAAGAAGCUGAUGCUACUAAUGCAGAGAAAGUACUUGUGGAUUCGUUAACUGAGGGGUCUCAAAAGAGGAAACACAGGGGUUUGGGUAUGUUUCAACAGAAAAAUGACUGUGUAGAACACAGAAAGAGAAAGAGGGACAAAAGAGAUGGUGGCAAGCUUCCUGAUUCAAGUGAACCUGAUAUAUCAGCUGCCCGUGGUGGUAGAAUGAAAAUGGCUAAAGGACCUAAGCACUUGAAAAACUCAAUGACGGGUCAUUCAGAUGGAAAUGGUGAAAAGAACAAGAAGAAUUUCAAGAAAAGGUUUGCCAGAAGUCAGAAGAGAAAGAUAGAUGAGGUGGGUAGGAGCAAAAAGGAUGAGGCAGGAAGUAAGAAACAUUCUUUCCAAGUAGGAAAACAGAAGAAGUUGCGUGGUAAAUAACACGGCCAACAAAUGAAUAUACACUCGGAAUGGUGGUUGGUUCAGCAGAGUUGGACAAAGAUAUUGUUAUAGUUCCUUCUCACUAAAGUGAGUUAUUUUUUCCCAAUCACGUUGGGGCAUGAGGGAUUGAGGGUGUUAACGCACUCUGAAGUACAGACCAGACGGGCAUGAUCCUAGCUUUUGCCGAGAGCCAUAGUAAAAUCAUAAUGUCGGAGGCACUGUUUACAAGCGAGAGCCAUGAGUUUAACACUCAGAUGGUGACACAAUUUUGUUUCUUGUGUAUUCCUUGUCAUUACAAAUUUUGUGCACAGCGGAGAGCUCCGAGAUAAUGUUACUUGUGUACUAUAUUUUGUGUAGAUAGAGGAUUUGGUUUCAUUGGUUGUUUAGAGAAAUUGCAAUUUUGAACCAUUAAACCUUAUUAUUAUUCGAAUUUGA